AUGGCAGCUGCAGAGGCGGCGGCGGUGGUGUCGUCGUCGUCUCUGGCAGCAGACACAGCCCCAGUCCCUGAGAGUGCAGGAACGGCUGCAGCAACGGCCGCCGCCUCGCCAGCGACGGCUGCAGCCGCGGCGCUCGCGGCCGCAGCCAGGACCGGAUCCGAGGCCAGGGUCUCCAAGGCCGCUUUGGCUACUAAGCUGCUGUCCCUCAGCGGCGUGUUCGCCGUGCACAAGCCCAAAGGGCCCACUUCAGCCGAGCUGCUGAAUCGGCUGAAGGAGAAGCUGCUGGCAGAAGCUGGAAUGCCCUCUUCAGAAUGGACCAAGAGGAAAAAGCAGACUUUGAAAAUCGGGCACGGAGGCACCCUCGACAGCGCAGCGCGAGGAGUUCUGGUGGUUGGAAUUGGAAGGGGAACAAAAAUGUUGACCAGUAUGUUAUCAGGGUCCAAGAGGUACAUUGCCAUUGGAGAGCUGGGGAGAGCUACCGACACGCUAGACUCUACUGGGAAGGUCACAGAGGAGAAGCCUUACGAUAAAAUAACACAAGAAGAUAUUGAAGGCAUUUUACAGAAAUUUACUGGGAAUAUAAUGCAGGUGCCUCCCCUCUACUCCGCGUUAAAGAAAGACGGACAGAGACUUUCAACUCUGAUGAAGCGAGGUGAAGCAGUAGAAGCCAAACCCGCCAGGCCAGUGACUGUGUACAGUCUCUCCCUUCAGAAAUUCCAGCCGCCAUUUUUCACGUUAGAUGUUGAAUGCGGAGGGGGUUUUUAUAUCAGGAGCUUGGUCAGUGACAUUGGCAAAGAACUGUCUUCCUGUGCCAAUGUACUAGAACUGACCCGAACCAAACAGGGACCAUUCACACUCGAAGAGCAUGCCCUUCCUGAGGACAAGUGGACAAUCGAUGACAUUGCACAGUCUCUCGAGCAUUGCUCAUCUCUGCUCCCAGCAGAGUUGGCUCUUAAAAAGUCCAAACCUGAGGAGUCUAAUGAACAAGUUUUGAGCUGUGAAUAUAUAACUCUAGAUGAGAAGAAGGGAGAAGAUGAUGUAAUUAAGGCAUGUUAAGAUUAGUGUGAUUCAUCAUUUCUUGGUUGACAUUCGAAUCCUGUGUAUACAAGCUACCAAGCUACCUGCAAAGGACAAACUACUGUUUUGGGGUUUUUUUUGUUUUUUUUUUGUUUUUUUUUGGAUGAAGAAAAAUGUCUGUCAUUUACAGUUUCUGUAGUGUGCAAUUUAUCUGCUAUACAUUAUAAAUAGCCUUGCAGUUCAGUUCUUCACCAUAUUGUGGAAUGUCCUUUUAGGAUAUUAUUAUGUUGUUAGAUUGGAUACAGGAACAUCAACUUUCUGAUUUUGAUCUUGCUUCAAAGUCUUUUCCUGUGAAAAAGCUGAACACAUUUUCUAAUCAAAGAAGAAAGACAUAUGAGCUCCGUCUUUCUUUGGCAUCACAAAAGUUAAUGUAAAUUAAUGUUACUUUGACUUUAUUUUGGCUUUCUGGUGGCUCUAUUAUGUUGAAAUUCUUUAACUAUGUUUGAAAAGGCCGUUAUUUAACUCUUUCUUAUGUUUUGGGGAAUUUGCGAUUAUUAAGAACGUUUCUUUGAUAAGGCUGCAUUUAUUUAGUAAUAGCUGUGUUUGUUUAGAUCUUGGACACUCAUAAACUUUUAUAAUAAAUAUUUGUAAUUGAACCAAAGUUUUGCUGUUACCGCUAAAGAGAUGUUAAUACAAGACUGAAUGCGCCUCUGCCCUUAGCGCGAAGGCCAGCCUGGUGGCUUGUAUUUGGCAGCUAUGAGAUCUUUUCCUGAUAUUUUCAACAGAGUCGACCACCCUGUACCAAGCUGAUAAAUAACACAUUUUUAAAAGUAAGCUGAAGAAUGUAUCUUCAAUUAAAAAUUUCUUUAUUCUUUAAUAUUUAUUUAUACCUUUUUAGGGCAUUAUUCUUUAGUUUGCUCUUUCAAAUGAUAUUUAUAGACUCUGAGAUAGCCCCUGUGCAUUUCCAGCUAAUCUUUUCUGCUCUAAAUAUUUAAAAACAGCUAUUCGCAAACAUUUUCAUUUACAUGGCCUACUGAAAAUUUUAUCUCCCUUGUUUACUUUGAAAGCAUAGUUACAUUACAAAGUAGUAAAUUUCAUAUGUAAUGAGUGCUUCCUGUUUUUGUUAUGGGAAAGCAAUAUAUUAGGCAUCCAGUGUAUAGAAAUGUUUGUCCUUUAUUUAUUCAAUAAAUAUAGUUUCAAAAGGAAGAAUCAUUAAAAUUUUCAUGACAUAGGAGCUUUUAGGUUUUUAUGGAUUGCAUUUCUAACCCUAACCUCUCUACCUUGAAAAAUUUCACUAUGAAAACUAACAUGAUUUUAUUUAUGGUUAACCUAUUAGAAACUUAAUAUAAAAAAUUAUAUGCUUCAGGAGAGCAUUUUCAUCCCCUUGGCAACACAUUUGAAGCGAAAAUAUUGAAAAUGAUUCUUAGUACGACACAGGGAAAUGUAAGGAAAAGAGUUUGAUGUCUUGAGGUAUUAACAUCAAAUGCCAAAGAGACAAAGUCGUAAGUUUCAAAGUUUACAAUUUUACUCAUUCACAUCUACUGCCCUGUGGAGUGUGCCAACCAAACGUGGCCUCAAUGGCUGCCCAUCCCCUGGAAUUGCACAGGGUAGGUCGUGUCUUCAUGCACUGAUGGCUAAGGUCCAUACAGAGCAUAUUCUAGGUCUUAGAAAACAACUGGGGCAUUUCUGCGCUACAUCUCAACCUAAAAAUUGACACAUAAUUUGCUAAUGGAGAAGAAUAGAGAUUAUUUGACUAGACAAAUGACUAAAAUAGUAACCAAUCUUUUCCUUAUAUAUUGCUAAAAUUCUUGCUAUGCAUUUUCUUAUUGCUCUGAAAACAUGGAAUAUUUUCUUAUUGCUCUGAAAACAUGGAAGAAAAUUUUGCCAAAUGAAAAAAUUACCCAUAAUCCUCACAAUCCUGGUGCAGUGACUUCAGAACUUGAAUUUUGUAGUACUAUUUUCCUUUUGUUUACAUAAUUACGGUCUAAGACAUCUAUACUUUUGAAUUGACUGUUUUUUCAUUUCAUAUUAUCUGAUGUAAUUAGUUUGAUGAUUAUGUUAAUUAUAUGACUUCAUAUUCAGUUUACUUAAACUGUUUCCUUCUUACUGAACACAAGUUAUUUUCAAUUUUAUUAGGGUAAAUUCCUGAGUGUGAGAUUAUUAAGUGGGAUAUAUGAACAAUUUUAUGGUUCUUAAUAUGUUUGCCUUUUUGCUUUCCCAAAGCGAUGGAACAUUUUACUGUCACCACUUGAGUAUUACCAGUUAGCUACAAGUUCGGGGUGGGGGGUUUAAUAUGUUGUUGCUGCUAAUUCAGUAAGUAUAAGAGAGAGUUUAAAACUGCUCUGA